AUGCGUCUUACAGUAAUUCUGAUGGUUGUUUGCUUAUACUGCACGGAACAAGCGGAAGGAGGGUCGGUGUUUAUCUACAACAAUUUGCGGCACGGAAAGUUUCUGAAAGUGCAUUGCAAAUCAGGGGACAACGAUUGGGGUUGGCACGUGAGAAAAUAUGAUGGAUUAUACCAUUUUAGCUUCAAGGAUCAUAUACUUGACAAAACCCUUAUUUGGUGUCAUUUGUGGCGCGGUCGUAAUUUCAAGAUUACUCAGACUUUCGUCGCUUACGAAUCUAAGAAGUAUAAAUCCAGACACACUUGGAUGAGAUGGUCCGCUAGGGAAAGUGGCAUCUAUGAGUCUAUCGGUGGUAAACCUUUUCAAUUCAGGUAUAACUGGGGUGAUAAACUUUGA